GAAGCUGCGAGCCCUCCGCAAGUCGGCCUUGGCUGGGCGACAAUCCGUUUCGACGGAACGAAGGUGCGCGAUGGCAAGUCUUCGGAUGCAGCAGUGGUGCGCAUGCUGAACGAGGGCCACAGGGUCCUCGUAGUGGAAGUUCGCAGCAAGUCCGUGCGCAUCAGCAUACCCAGCAAAGGCUGGGUCAAGCUUCAGAGGCACAGUGAGCCCGUGCUGCAGCAGGAGGCCUGCGACGUACGCAAGCCAGGUGAGGCGUCCGCGACGACGCAAGUGACCAACAGUGUCCUGCAACGUCUGGGGGUGAUGCCGAAGCCAGCGGAGGACCUGACUGAGCAGAACGACGCUCAGGCCGCGGCCGCGCAGAUGGCAGAAGCUCGCGGGGAAGAAGGUCGGGCAGAGGAGCAGGCGUCAGAAGAGGCACCACCGCAGGCCUCGGAGGCAGACAGCGAAGGGCUGCCAGGAGAGGCGCCAGAACCAGAAAAGCCGGCGGAGGCAGAGGACCACGCAUCUCAGCCGCCAGCUGAA